GGAAACCCUAUCCAAUCUUGAAGUAUUGUCAUUUCACAACAAUCACAGUGACAAUCAAUCAUACUGCCAAGAUAUUCGAUUAGGUUUAUUCGGUGAUGGAAUUUUUGUUGCCUUAUUGCCACACGUUCAACCGUUUGCUGUCGUUUUGCUCAACGUUUCUCAACCGUAUUAUAGUAGUUUUGCGUAGCGUAUUCUCAGGCCUCUGCUCGUCGUUUGCUUCUCGACGUUAUUGUUUGGUUCCGUGGUUGAGUGCAGCGUACAUUGAAGCCUUGUAUGUUUAUGUAAGCCUUUCUGAUCUUCCUUGUAUUGGAGUGAACUUUGAUUGUGCUCUGCAUGAGUUUAUCUGCAAAAUUGCUCUUUCCAAGUUUCCAAGUGCUGGGAAGUUAUUGUCUAAAGUAAUUCCUUCCAUUCGUAGAGGCCCUUUUGAGUGGUUAAUGAUUGAAAAAGUUCCCGUGAUCCUGUAAAUAGUCCUUGAAUCUUCUGACCAUAGAAAAAACGGAAUAUCGCGAUAAAUGUCUCCAGUCACCAUGCGUUUCAACUCUCAGCAGAUUUUGGUCACUUGGAGCUAGAUGGGCUAGAAAAGUUCCAUUACAACAAAGCCUUAGUUGUAUGGCUAAAGUCAACUCUCUACAAGUUUACCUGGAGAAAUUUUUAUAGUUAUUUGCUCGGGAAUAUCAAGCAACAUUUUUUGAGGAAUCAAAUGUGCAAUUGUCAAAAAUUUUUUUUUGAUAAACUGUCAUAUCGUUCGGGUAGAAUAAGAAGGAGUGACUUGAAACAGUCUUAUAUAGGAUACAAAAUGUUUUGCAACCCUUUUCAAGCCAAACAAGGUCGCAUUUGAUCAAAUUUCGGUAUCCACACAUGGACAAAUAGACAAUAUCGAUAAGGCGUCCUUAGUCGUGAACCAUUGUUGGAGUCAAACAUUCUUCUUCAAUCUUGAAGAAUCCUUUCUCUUUCAGUCAUUCACAAAGCAUAUACUUCAAGCAAUUAGUUUCUAUUGUUUUUGGGGAAGCAAAUCUGGUGAAGAUAAGAAACAACAUAGGAGCUCAAAUAGGCACUCAUUCGCCCUCUUUAGUUUAGCGAUAGCAUCAAUAUUUGAU